AUGCAGGUCUCAGACUUAUCAGUGGGUUAUAAAGAAGAUAGACUAAACAUUACUAUUGACCAAAAAGCUAAACUAAAUGAAUUUGUACUAAGAGUGACUAUUAGUGAUGCAACCGGGAAAAUCAACAUUAUUUUUGAAGGCCAAGAACUUGUGAACAUCUUUGACAAAGUCCGUCCGGGAACUAAGCUUCGCUUAAACUAUUUCAUCGUAAGUGGGGAUUUUCAUAACCUUAGCAAAUAUUUCCCAUCAGUGGUACCAAUGCAAAAUACAUUAACGUACGGCACUAACUCCAAAUUUUUCAUUCACAUAAUUAUCCCGACAAUGCCAGAGUUAACAUUCACUCAUAACAACACUUCGAUAUCAAUAUUUCCUGAUACCGUACUUGAGUCAAUAAAUCUAUCGAAGCUCUAUUUGCCACAACAACAGAACUCAGCACUCCCCCAGAAACUUUUGGGCCCAAAUAUGGAAAAAUUUUCUUCUCUAAAAUUUAUUAGAGAUAACAUUCAUGAAAAUUCAAAGCUUUCUGCAUCUUGCUAUGCUUUAGUUGUUGGAUAUAGCCUUAGCGCCUUUAUCGCUUGGGCUUCCCGAUCUUUCCCAAUGGGAAAGAGGGGAGCUGGUUUAGCCAAAUAAUGCUGGUCUGGCAAAUUCAUCAAGCAAAGCCUACUUGCUCAUCGGUUUUGCCAUUUAUGGGAUGGUUGACCAAAUCAGCAUUAGUUGGUGAAACCAACUCCCCUCUUUUCGGUUGGGGAAAAGUUCGGGAGCCUCAAGCCAUAAAGGUGAUCAGACUAUAGUACUAGCUCAUAUCAAUACUCAGAAUCCACUGAGUAUUUGUCAACCCUUAAAGUAACAGAUCCAUCUAUUUUUCCAAACGUUGCAAGUAUUUCGAUUUUCCAUGAAGAUCCAAAGAUAUUACCAAAAAUAAUAGGUUUUGGGGACAUUAUUAGGAUGGAGCAGUUUAUAUUUAAAACUCAUAGGGACAGUUUAAAUGGAAAAUUAACUUUUUCAGACAAAAAUUCAAAAUUCUAUCUAUUCUCGUUGAUAGAUGACAAUCAAAUCCCAUAUUCAAGCUUUAGAGGAAAUUUCGAACAAGCACCUGAGAUUUUAAACUCUUUGCAAGCAAUUAGAAGUUGAGGAAAAAUAACACUUACAAAUAGAGUUCCAAUGCUACCAAAUAGCACAAAAUUCUUAAGGGAAUUAAAGCCCAAAGAUCAAAGUGAUAUUUUAUUGAGAAUUUUUGGCGUGUUUAGCAUGGGUAUAAAUGAAGAUGACCCAAAAGCCAUAGUUGGCUAUGAUCAAGAUUCGAUCUGCCAAAUUAUCGUCCCUAGAGAAAAAGAAAAGCUUUUAAAGCUGAUUCAGUCAAGAGAUAUUAUUCGAGUUAAAGAUCUAAUAUAUGAAAACGGAAGAUUCUCCUUAGGUAAAUCAUCUGAUAUUUUAAAAAUUUACGAAUUUAUGAAUCUUUGGUAUAUACCUGUAGAAACCUCCAAAGAGAAAGAACUUCAGAAUUUAGCUGAAAUUUAUCUACCACAAAGAUCAAUGACAAUAAAGACUGAAAUUUCUGCUUCUGUAAAAUCAUCUUUAUUAUUAAAAGAUUACCCAAGUUUAUCAGCAAUGCCUCUAAACGAAACUUGCAAAAUAGAGGGGUUUGGAGUUAGAAUUGUGCCUGAAGAAAUGAAUAGAUUUUUCUGCUUGAACUGUGAGGUAUCAAAACCUUAUGAAAUAUGCCAAUGCGGAUGUAUUACUUUAAUCACUUCAGAUAUAUUUAUUUACUUAUGAGAUGGAUUGAAUGACGAAGGCAUAGUUAAAACAGUGUUGACUAAAGAAAAUUAUCAACAUUUUGUGCAAAAUUUAACUUGGCACCAAUUUAAAUCAGCUGUUAUAGGUUUCGACGGGUUUUUAGAGCUUGGCAUUAAAGUUACAAAUGUUGGUUAUGAAAUUAUGGAAACAUCUUUAAAUUUCAGUAAAUAA